AUGUCUUGGGAAGCUCCUCAGCCUACCAACCCGGGUCAAGAUCGAUGGAAGUAUCUCCACAGAAUACUUACCCGCCGAGGUCCUUUCAGCGAUGAAGAUUGGAUACCGGGACAAGAGACAAUAUCGGCGCUUAGAGGAUCCAAAGUUCUUGUGAUAGGCGCUGGCGGCUUAGGGUGUGAGAUUCUCAAGAACUUAGCUUUGUCGGGUUUUAAGGAUAUCCAUGUCAUUGACAUGGAUACAAUUGAUAUUUCAAACCUGAACCGACAGUUUCUUUUCCGCCAAGCCGACGUUGGGAAACCUAAGGCAGAAGUGGCUGCUGCCUUUGUUGAGAGGAGAGUGAAAGGCGUCAAGAUCACGCCUUAUGUAGGAAAGAUUCAAGACAAAGAUGAGGAUUACUACAUGCAGUUUAAACUGGUAGUAUGUGGACUUGAUAGUAUUGAAGCUCGUCGUUGGAUCAACGCUACCCUGGUGGGUAUGGUAGACUCUGAGAAUCCUGAGAGCUUAAAACCGCUUAUUGAUGGUGGUACAGAGGGAUUUAAAGGGCAGGCAAGAGUCAUUCUCCCAACCCUCACGUCCUGCAUCGAGUGCCAGCUUGACAUGCAUGCACCUAGGGCCGCCGUUCCCCUCUGUACUAUUGCGACCAUUCCGCGCCAACCACAGCAUUGCAUCGAAUGGGCACACCAAAUUGCUUGGGGCGAGCAAAGAAAAGGCGAUGAUUUUGAUGGCGAUGAUUUGGAACAUGUUACUUGGAUUUACCAUAGUGCCCUCCAGCGUGCCGAGAAGUUCUCAAUUCCCGGUGUAACGUUUUCAAUGGCUCAGGGUGUUGUGAAGAAUAUCAUCCCUGCUAUCGCUUCUACAAACGCUGUCGUUGCUGCAGCAUGCACUUCGGAAGCACUUAAAAUAGCAACUUCAUGCAAUCCGUUCUUAGAGAACUACAUGAUGUAUGCAGGGGAAGCAGGUGUCUACACAUACACUUUUGCCUCGGAACAGAAACCAGAUUGUCCCGUCUGUGGAAACUUAGCUAAAAAGGUCAUUGUGGAUCCCGAGGCAACACUCCGUGAAUUUGUCGAGUCCUUGGGCGAGCGAGCUGAAGCACAACUAAAGUCUCCAAGUUUACGAACUGAAGAAAAGACUCUAUACCAGCGUUUCCCGCCGCAACUCGAAGAGCAAACCCGGCCAAACUUAGACCGGAAGAUGAGAGAGCUUGUUGUCGAUGGGGAGGAAGUUGCUGUCAGCGACUCGGCUUUCUCUAUUGACUUUCGAUUCAAAAUCACAUUCAAAUAA